AUGUGUGACGAGGCCCCUGAUAUAGAAUGUAAUGAGCUCGGGUGUUCCGAGAGCCAAGUUGUGCGCCGACGCUGCGGUAAAAUUACAGCCACAGCCUCCAUGCACAUCGGCACGAUCGCCUCCGCCGACACAGUCAUGAAGUCUGGAGAGCAUCGCGAUAUAAUCAGAAAAAGGGAAAGAGCAAUUGCAUUUGAGAUGGAAGGGGCGGGUGUGUGGGAUAGUAUUCCAUGCAUUAUCGUCAAGGGAGUUUGCGAUUAUGCGGACAGCCACAAAAGUAAGAAGUGGCAAUGCUACGCAGCAGCAACCGGAGCUUCGGCGGCAAAAACAUUUUUGGCAUACUGGUCUGUUGGUAAGGGUGAUAUCAUCGCCCAUGAUGAAGCAUUGAACCUGCAAAGUCUAUUACUACGCGACUCGAACGACGAUAUGGGCUCGUGGGGACAAGGCUCGGUGGGAGGCAGAGCGUUAACAGAUAAUAGCCAAGGAAACAGCUUGGUUUUGAGCAGUCUCACUCAGACGCAUGACACCGGUGUAUCUCUUUUGAAUACAGAAGACUACAAUGAAGCUGAAAAGCUACUCCGCAGCGCACUCCAAGGUCGGGAAGAAGCACUCGGGGCUUGGCAUCUACAGACACUUGACUCCACGCAUUACCUUGGUUACUCCUUGGCUCAACAGGAUCAAUACAUAGAGUCAGAACAAUUGUUCUAUAAAGCGUACAAAGGACGCCAGACGAAGCUUGGCACUAUCCACCAAGAUACGCUUGAAUCCCUGGCUGGAUACGCGAACUCGCUGUUCUGUCAAGGGAGACAUAUGGAGGGCGAAAGGCACGGGCGAGAACUGCUCGAGCUUCAGACAGACGCAUUUGGCAGUACUCAUCCAAAUGCGCUAGCUUCAAUGUGUUUCCUCAGUGGUUUGCUCCUCGGUCAGCAAAAAUAUCAAGAGUCCGCGGAAAUUCUUCGGGUUGCCUAUGAAAGAUGUGCAGAGACACUUGGGGCCACGCACAAAAAUACACUGGAGUAUCUGGAUGGGUACACUAACGCUCUUAUUAUUCUAGCAGCAGAAACGGAAAGCAAAAGUGCAGCGCAAGAAAUGCUUCAGCUCAAAAGAGAAGCUUACGGAGAUAUCCAUGUGAUAACACUUCGCUCCAUGGAUAUCCUGGGUCGGAUUCUAUCAAGCUGGAAUGAACACGCGAAAGCCAGCGAACUGUUUCGAAGUGCGUAUCAAGGACGCGUGGAGAAACUUGGAGCUAUACAUGAAGACACGCUCUCAUCUGCUCAUCGACUUGGAUUUACUCUGCUCGAGCUAGAGAAAUCGUCAGAGCCUCAAAGCGCUGGGUUGGCAGAAGCUCGUGAGAUGUUUCAAAGAGCGGUAGAUGGGAGAGAGAGAUCUCUUGGGCGUAUUCACAGGGACACGCUUGCGAGUCUUGACUCAUUGGGUCAAGCUCUCGGCUACCAACAGAAUUAUGGGCGGGCUGAGGACGUGUUUCGAGACGUCUGCGAACGACGAAGGAUAAUCCUCGGUGAACACCAUGAAGACACACUCUGCUCUCUUUCUUGGCUGGGUUGGACUUUUGAGCGACGAGGAAAAUUCGUCGAAGCAGGGGGGCUGUAUCGUUGCACUUGGGAGGGACUAUACCGAACUCUCGGCGAAGAAAACAGGAGCACCAAAAUGUUCGCCUCUAGGUUGUGGAACGUGGGCGAGGUCCUUGGGAGAGGGACCCAGUCCCACUGGCGUCUGCGAGGCGAAAUUGAACAACGAAAAUAA